AUGGUAUCGUCAACUCGUAGCCAGCGCGUCCUUCUGACCGGGGCAAAUGGGUUUGUAGCAUCCCAUAUCCUCUCCAUCCUCCUUGAGCGUGGCUACACGGUAACCGCAACAGUGCGAUCUCAGGCCAAAGCAGACGAUGUGAUUAACGCUCACCCUGAAUGGAAAGGGAAGGUUGAUUUCGUGAUUGUGUCGGACUUCACCUCACAGAAACCAUUCAGCACCUUGUCUGAGGAGACCGAAGCUCUCUUUGAUUAUGUUAUCCAUGCGGCAUCGCCAUUCAAGUUUGAUUUUAAGGAUUUUCAGAACAAUCUGAUAGAUCCCGCAGUUAAGGGAACGACUCAAAUCCUGGAAAGCGCUCACCGACACGGUGGAAGCACGCUCAAACGCAUUGUCCUUUUGGGUAGCGGUGUUUCCGUACUCGAUUCCUUCGAGGACAUGGGUCGAGAAGGACACCCAUAUACCGAGAAAAGCUGGAAUCCAGUAACUGCACAACAAGCAAUUGACCGUAACGACCCUGCGUUGGGUUACAAUGCAAAUAGUCCCAGUUUCGACCUCACUGUCAUCAACCCUCUUAUCGUCACCGGACCGAUGAUCCAUCCAACCUCAGGGGAGGGAUCAAUCAACGAAAGCAAUUAUUUUGCGAUUGCUAGUUUUAUCGACGGGACUCAUGUCAAAAUUGAGGAUGUGCAGUUGCCAUACUAUCACUUUGUCGACGUGCGCGACGUGGCUAGGAGCCAUGUAGAUGCUCUUACCAAUCCCGCUGCUGGAGGGCAGCGUAUCGUACUUGUCUCAGGGCUCAUAACGCCACAGUUGGUCGUGAAUACUAUCCGAAAGCAUUUCCCUCAACUGCGCAAAAAGGUUCCAGCUGGUACACCGGAUAAAGUGCUGCCCAAGGGAAUACAUCCCACCGGUUGGGAUACGCGAGUUAGCUUGGAUAUACUCUCGAAGGGAAAGGGUAGUCAGUGGGAAUACAUCGGUUUAGAGGAGAGUGUGAGGGACGCGGUGCAAUCUAUGAUUCAGCACAACGUUUUGCCCGACUAA